AUGUCCGCUUCGUUUGCCACCGUCCAACCGAGCGUCCGCGCGCGCGCGACGCUCCGAUCCCGCGCGAGACGCGCCGAUCGAUCGUCGAUCGUCGUCCGCGCGGGCAGCGCGGCGCAACAAAAAGGUCUCGGCGAUCUCGACACCGUCAAGCUCACCGCCGCCGACGGUUCCACCGCGGACGUGUACUUGUUCGGCGGCGUCGUGACGAGUUUCAAGCCCAAGGGCGGUGACGACGUGCUGUACGUGCGCCCGGAUGCGAAGUUUGACAAGAGUAAGCCGAUUUCUGGUGGUUUGCCGCACUGCUGGCCGCAGUUCGGCCCGGGGGCGAUUCAAGUGCACGGAUUCGCGCGCAACGUCGACUGGACGCUCGUGAGCACGACGGAUGGCGACGAACCGUCGAUGACGAUGGAACUCACGCCAAAUGAUUACACCAAGGCGAUGUGGGAUAAGGAUUUCAAGGUGACGGAAACCGUCACGCUCAAGGGCGGCGCGCUCGAGGCGAAGCUCGUGGUUGAGAACAAGGGCAAGGAAGCGUUCGAUUUCACUGGUUCGUUCCACACGUACUUGAGCGCCGACAUCAACGCCGCCGCCGUCGGCGGGUUGAACGGCUGCAAGACGUUAGAUCGACUCGCGGAGAAGGAAUCCACCGUCUCUGGUGACGUCAAAUUCCAAGGACCGAUCGACAGCGUGUACUACGGCGUUCCGGAGACGCUUACGCUCGCCACGGGCAAGCGCACUGUGAGCAUCAAGUCGAGCAAGACGUGGACAGAAGCCGUGGUGUGGACGCCGUGGACGGACAUGGAGGCGUGCUACAAGGAGUUCGCGUGCGUCGAAAGCGCCGCCGUGACUCCGGUCGUCGUCGCUCCGGGCGGCUCUUGGACCGCCACCACGACGAUUUCCGCGUAA